UUGAGGUGUGACCAAAAAAGAAGAGUGAACAGAGAGAGCUCAGCGGUUCACGUCUCAGACAACAUGAAGCCUGUCACCGAUCUUCGCCACUUCCUGCCGACUCUACUCUUAUUGGUCCAUCUGGAGCUCUGCUUCUCUGAAGAUGGGGAUAACGCGACCAUCUCCAGUUACUCAGAUGACACUCCGUUUCCCAGUUUCGAUUACAGCGACUUUCCCGAAUUGUGUUCGAAAGACGCCAACCUUCGGUUCCGCCUCUGGUUCAUGCCCAGCUUCUACUCCAUCGUCUUCUUCCUGGGCCUGACUGGAAACCUGCUGGUCAUCUUCACCGUCUUCUACUUCAAGCGUCUGAAGACCAUGACGGACGUGUACCUGCUCAACCUGUCCUUCGCCGACCUGCUGUUCGCCCUGUCGCUGCCGUUCUGGGCGGCCAGCUCCAUGACGGAGUGGGUUCUGGGUCUGCUGCUGUGCAAGGCCAUGUACACCGUCUACAAGAUCAGCUUCUACAGCAGCAUGUUCCUCCUGUCCGCCAUCAGCGUGGACCGCUACUUCGCCAUCGCCAAGGCCGUGUCCGCUCACCGCCACCGCUCCCGAGCCGUGCUCAUCAGCAAGGUGUCGACCGCCUUCAUCUGGGUGGCCGCGCUGGUCUUCUCCAUCCCGGAGAUGGUCUACACCAACAUCACCAACAACACCUGCACCCCGUUCUCCAGCCACUUCGACCCGCUGCGGAUCAGCGUCCAGAUGAGCCAGAUCAUCAUCGCCUUCGUCCUCCCGCUGCUGAUCAUGGCCUUCUGCUACAGCACCAUCAUUCAGACUCUCUAUCAGGCUCGAAACCUGGAGCGCAACAAGGCCAUCAAGGUCAUCCUGGCGGUGGUCACGGUGUUUCUGGUCUGCCAGGUGCCGUACACCCUGCUGCUCUGUUGGACCACCGUCGUGACGGCACAGGGAGGAACCGACAUCUGCAGCUACGACAACAGCCUGGUCUACGCCACCGACGUCACGCAGAGCGUGGCCUUCCUGCGCUGCUGCCUCAACCCCUUCGUCUACGCCUUCAUCGGUGUGAAGUUUCGCUACGACCUCCUCAAGCUGCUGAAGGACUUGGGCUGCAUGAGCCAGGAGAGGUUCUUCAAGUACACCUGUGGCAGGAGGAGGAGCUCUGCUGGCAACGAAACAGAGACCACCACCACAUUCUCACCUUAAACCAACGCAGACGAGGUCUCCUCUCCUGCAGACUCCACACUGGACUUCCUGGACAAUACAGAGAUCAGCCCAAACAUGAAGACCACCUGCCGAAUCUGUAGCUCCAAACCUCCACAAGGCCUCUGAGGGUGAGUCCGAAACAUCCCUCAAACCACUUUAGCAGGUCCUAAACCACCGCUGGUUAGAAUACUUUGACCUUCUUGAAUCUUCAUGUUUGAUAUUUUUAUGUUUCAAGCAUCAAAAUUUGGCAAAAUGAAAUGGAAAGGAUCAUCCCUUCACCAGUGAGUGGUCAUAAAGCUGUGACUGAUCUUGUCUCAAGUCAAAGAAAUUCAUGGUUUGUUGUCGUUUUAUCUUUUUUGUAAUGUUGUAAUGUCAUGAAUGUUUGUAUUUUCUGGGUCGUAAACCAUUUCAUGUUUUUUUUUGUUUUUUUUUUGUAUGUAAGACUUCAUAGACCCGAUGGUAUUCCUAUACAAUAUUUGUCCUCUAACUUCAAACUAUGUAAUUAAAAUAUGUUGUCAUGGAUGUUAACCGACGGUGAGAAUGUUGCUUUUCAUUUUUUUGUAUUUUCUACUUAAAUUAGAGAAAACAACCAAGAAACAUGUACACAGAUUUUCUAGAGAUGUAAAGAGGAGCAUGGUGGAGUAAUGAGAAGAUGCUGUAAAUGUUUUAAUGAAGCAAUAUUAACAUGGAAAUAGUAGGUUAGAUAAGUUUUGUGUGUUUUCUUCAGUGGAUGUUUCUGUGUUUAAAAGAUUUGUCACUCUUGGCAGCAAUAAGAAUGGAGACUGUAUGCUAUAAUUGUGCUACAAUAAAACUGAUGAAUCUUGCAGCA